AUGGCUUUCGAAAAAACACAGGAAAACUACUGGGAGAUUAGGGGAAAAAACACAAAGAAGAAACAUGACCGCGUUGUUUGUGAACAUGAACAAGUCUUGAAUCCCCCUCCCAAAGUAUCAAAUUGUUGCAAAUCACUGUGGGUGAAAUAUAGUUUUCAGAGGGCAUACAUGCCCCAACUUGUCAGUUCCCAGACUGUUUCAGCCAUGUCAAGGAACCUAGGUGACAGUUCGCCUUCUCAGCCCAAGGAGAACAGCACUGGCCAGAGUCAUCACCAGGAGGAAAUAGUGUACAAAUUGGCCAUGAAGCUGAAACACAUUGGGGACAGCAUCAAUCAUAGGACGGUUCAAGAGGAUUUUCAACAGGAAGGCAGAGAUGCGCUGGCUCGUUUCAUCUUAUUUUUCUUCAGAAGAGUUCAUGUGGUGCUGCACUUUUUCUGGAAUAAUCAUCUGAUGUAAAAGGAAUGGAAACGUCAGUUCUAUUUUACUUCUUCCCUCUGAGAAACAUGAAUUCCACAGGGAUGGAUGGGAAGAAGACCCUUCUCCGUCUCACUCUCCCUUUACCCAUCACUUUUGGUUUAUGCCUGGUUUGUCGAACUGCGGACUCGCUAGCCAUUGGUCUCUUUGGAGUGACCAGCUAUGAGAUGUCUACAGUUGCCUCAUGGUAAAGCCUAAGGGGUACUUAGGAACCCAGGAGGCCUUGCCACCCAGAAAACACCAGCGCUGUGGAUGAUUCCAGUGCUUCUUGUAAGGGAACUCUUAAGCAUUUCUUUCCGUGAGUGAAAUAGGACCUUGUCCUCAAACCAGAGGUCACAGAAAUGGGUGCUUUGUCCUGUGCCUCUCCCUGGGUACCAUGCCUACCCAGUGACCCACUGGCCCCAUUGUCUUGCCCAUGUCCAGAUCUCCAGUGCUCUGGCUUCUUCUCAGCCAAUCCUCCCUCCCCACACCAGCUCAUACCCUCUUUGAAAAAUCAGAGGGAACUCUGUCACUUAUACUCAUAUCCAACAUAUUGUCCAUCUGCAUUCUUGGCUCCAUGCCGGGAAGCUCUUCCACCAUUCCCGGUUACCACCACUAUUCUCAGGCUCUUCUUCUACAACAUGUAAGUUCUUUAUUCACCUUUAUUGCUCCUCUCACUCUCCUGUGACCCCUCCUGGAUCUUCCUUAACCACUGCUGAUGCCUUCGCACUGCCAUUCAGCCCUGCACGUGGGCAUCUUUCCCUGUUCUGUUGUCCUCCCCCAGCCUUGUCUGCUUAAAAUUGUGAGGAGUUAGUUCUUGUAGAAGGAGCAAGACCAGAAUGACUGAAGAAUUCUUUACAAGGCAAAAACUUGUAACUGUUUUCCUAUUGCUGUGUGGUUUCAGUAUUAUUGAUGGGUUGGCCCUUUGCCAGUUGAAUUUAUUUUGCUCAUUCUCUUCUUCCUUCUUUUCUGUAGCUCUAUUCCCUUCAUUCUUCUUUUUUUCCUUUUUGUCUACCUCGUAUUCUCUCUCUCCCCCCUUUUAGAAGUAUUACAAGUAUUAAGGAAGUUGGCUGUUAUAAAUUAAAAGUUCUGUAUAUGUAUCUUGAGUUCCUUGUAAGAAAGUUAUUUAAAAAAGCUAAUAAUUAAAAAAAUAAACAUUGUUAUUUUAUUGUGCAUGAAACACCUGUGGAUAGUUCUUUUGUGAAGGAAGAUUCCACUUAUUUCUGCUCACAAUAUUGUACACUUUGAUCAUGUGUAGCAUCACCUUUGUCCUUCCAAACGGGAAUGUCUCUUUUUAGCCUGUCUCGUGCAAUGUCCAUUUAUUUCCUUCAUCGCCUAGUUUAUGGCUGACAGGCAUGGAAGAAACCCUAAAACUUCCUUUUUUAAAUUUAUUUUCUUAUCUUUUGAAUAGGUAAUUAAUUCAUAGGUGUUCAUGUCUUAGUCAUCUAGUGCUGCUGUAACAGAAAUACCACAAAUGAAUGGCUUUAACAAAGAGAAAUUUAUUCUCUCACAGUUUAGGAGGCUGGAAGUCCAAAUUCAG